CCCUCCCCCCCCCCCCCCCCCCCCUUUGGCUCUUUAUAAGCGCCCCCCGGUUUGACUUCAUCUUCCUUCGUUUCCUGUCAUUCCCACCCCUGUCUCCUGGUCUCAUCGUCAACGCCUUCUGAAUCGGUCAUUGAAAGCAACAGUCGAUUCGCCUGCGUUCGCCCUCGAUCACCACUCAGUGUUGUCGACAAAUGUCCAGCAGGAACUGGGGUUCAACAGCUCGUGGCCAUGGUCACAGGAAAUGGAGACUUUCGCUAUCCGCCGCCCCCUGCUGGCGCGCAUGAUGAUAUCCCUAGCCGGCGCAGAAUCCCAAACCCACCCCGCCUGGACCCUCUCAGACUAAACCCUCCCUUCCCCCGGCCUGCGACUGCGGACGGUCCUCGGCGGCCCUUGUCCCCUCACCACCCGCCUCCUCCUAUGCCUCGUUCCCCGAGAGUCCGUCCGCCAAUCCCCCCUCCGUCCGAUCCCUCAUGGCGUUCGGUGUCCCCCUUGCCCAUGCAGGAGGAGGAGCUUGUCAUUCGCCAAAAGGCUUACCGCUCCCCCACCUUUCCUCUGCAACCGCCUGCCCGCUCCAGGGUUGCCCCCCGAGAAAGGGAGGUCGAUCGACCACAUUACCGCAAAUCCCCGCCUGCACCCGCUGGGUUGCGCACGUCCAAUUCCACCUCGAAACUACAUAGUAUGCGUCCCCAGCCGCCGCGGAAUCGAGAGCGCCUUCCAGAUGAAUCCACCGGACUGAGACUACCCCGAAUCAUUCCCCCGGGGACAUACGCAGAGAUGCGCGGGCAAGAUGCUCUUCGAUCCAGCGUCAACUCGGCCAUGACAUCGCGGUCGAGCAUCGAACAUGCCAGCGGCACCGAGCGCAGCAGCGUCCUCACCAAAAGCAGCUCCAUCACCGACCUGUCGCCUGACACACCAGAUGGUUCUUAUGACAAGGAGGGGGGCAUGAGUGUGGAAGAUGCCAUCUCCAUGUAUCUGGAUGGCUUCAGCGAUGUCACCGAGGAGCCAGGAUCACCCGGAGUCUAUGACUCGGCGGGAUUCUAUGAUGAGAGCAAGGCGAGACCGUUGAGUCCCCGCCCGCCUACAGAGAUGACCCUCGAUGAUUGCCAUAGCUCCGAUGAGCAUUCCCCUGAACUGGAACCCACAGAAGAUGUUCCGCCUGUUCCCCCGUUUCCAGCGCUGGAGGCUCACGGGCAAAGUCCCCCGGAUGCAGAGUUCUUGGGUGACGCAGCUUCCCACGACCCGCGUCCACACCCUCCCUCCGAACGCAAAUUCCUCGAUCCGCCUGCUGCACCGGAGUCGGACACCACCGUGAUUAUCCCGGGCAUGGUGCCGCCGCCGUUACUCCCCGGCACUGGCGCCCGCGACUGCUAUGGGUUCCGCAAGGCAACCCACCACGUUACGCUCGAACAGUAUGAAGCGUGGCACCGCAAUUACGCGGGUCACGCUGCUCACCGAAGAAGCAAGUGGGUGGAGCUUCUCAAGGAGAAUCGACUGCGGGUCACUGAGCCGACGACUUUCCCUCCGAAAUCGAACAAGGUCAAAAGAUUCGUGCGCAAGGGCAUUCCCUCGGAGUACCGGGGUGCAGCCUGGUUUUUCUAUGCUGGCGGCUACGAGCAUCUGAACCGUAAUCCCGGUCUCUAUGACCAGCUGGUUCGGCAAUCUAUGGAGUCCCCUAGCAACGACGACAAGGAACACAUCGAGCGUGAUUUGCAUCGCACCUUUCCGGACAAUAUCCACUUCAAACCUGAGAACGUCGACUCGGCCGCUAGCUCUGGUAGCAGCAACCCGCGACACGGCUCGGUCACCGUGGAAACGGAGAUGAUUCAGUCCCUCCGUCGCGUUCUGUAUGCGUUCGCGAUUCACAACCCGCAGAUUGGAUACACCCAGUCGUUGAACUUUAUCACGGGCAUGCUGCUUCUCUUUCUCUCCGAAGAGAAGACCUUCUGGAUGUUACACAUCAUCAGUUCCGUUUACCUCCCCAGCACGCAUGAAAUCAGCCUCGAGGGCGCGAAUAUUGAUCUCUGGAUCUUGAUGGUGCUGCUCAAAGAAUCCGCGCCCAACAUCUAUAAUAAAAUUGCGGGGAGCGGACCCGGGGCGGGGAGUGCGAAGGUGCCGGCCCUGACCGUCAGCUCCCGCCUGCCGGAUAUCACCUUGGGGCUGACCAACUGGCUCAUGUCCGUCUUUAUCGGCACCUUGCCGCUGGAGACCACCCUCCGCGUCUGGGAUAUUUUCUUUUACGAAGGGUCCAAGACCUUCUUCCGGGUCGCGUUGGCGAUCUUCAAAUCGUGCGAGCACGAGAUCAUGGCGGUCUCGGACCCGAUGGAGGUGUUCCAGGUGGUCCAGGCGGUCCCGAAGCGGCUUCUGGAUGCGAACUCUCUGAUCGACGAUUGCUUUGUCCGGCGCCAUCGGGUCGGACAGGGGCGGAUUGAGGAGUUACGCGCGGCGCGACGGGCGGCAGUGCGACAGGAGAACAUGCGCCGCUCGCGCGCGAUGAACAUGGGUCAGCUCCAGGCGGCGACGGAUGACUGGGCGCAUGGACGAUCCCGGUCGCCAGCUCAUGGACUCGAGCGCAGCAUCGCGGACUCCUGGCGACACAUGAAGCAGCGGCACCAUGGAUUUCGAUGAGAGAGAGAGAGAGAGAGAGAGAGAGAGAGGAGAGUGGGGGGGGAGGG